CUCCAACCCAGUCCACCCUCACUCAUUUCAUCCCCCUCAAUUGCCCCUCGAACCCGCCGCAAUGGAUCCCUUCUCUGCCGAGGGCGAGCUGAUCAACAUCCACAAUGCCUUCCACCAAGGCCAAUACGACUCCGUGAUCGACUUCGAUACCUCCGCCCUGUCCCCCGAGAACCACCUUCCCGCUCGAGUUCUGCAGCUCCGCGCCAAGAUUUCCCUCGGCCAGACGGACGACGUGCUCGCCGAUGUCCAAGGCGAGGAGGAGACCCCCGAUCUGGCGGCCGUGAAAGCGCUGGCCCAACAGGCUUCCGGAGAUGUCGAAUCCGCAUUGCAGUUGGUCCAGGACCUUGCAGAGAACUACCCCGAUAAUGCCAGUGUACAGGUCCUGGGUGGGACGUUGCUGCAGGCUCAGGGACAUAGUGAGGAGGCGCUUGCUUUGUUGACCAAGCAUCAGGGGAACUUGGAGGCUGUCGCCUUGAUCGUCCAGAUUCAUCUCCAGCAGAACCGUUCCGAUCUCGCCUUGAAGGAGGUCCAGGCUGCGAAGCGCUGGGCCCAGGAUUCCCUCUUGGUUAACCUGGCUGAGUCGUGGGUCGGAAUGAGAGUCGGCGGCGAGAAAUACCAAGCUGCAUUCUACGUCUAUGAGGAAUUAGCCUCCGCACCUAGCACCGCCGCACCUCUGUCCAUUGUUGGUCAAGCCGUGGCAGAACUUCAUCUGGGUCGGUUGCCCGAGGCCGAGGCCGCCCUGUCUGCGGCACUGGAGAAGUUCCCCGACGAGGCGGAAUUGAUCGCCAAUACUAUUGUGCUGAAUGUUUUGGCGGGCAAGCCUACGGAGGAAUUGGAGCAACACCUCGAACAAACCCACCCCUCUCACCCCCUCCUCUCCGAUGUCCAAGAAAAGAGUGCAUUGUUCGAUACCGCGGCCGCAAAAUACGCCCCGAGAGUGUCGGCUUGAUUUAGGAUAUCCGUUGUUAAUGUUUUUGUGCCUCUUGCUCGCUCGCAUUUCUACAUUGAGCCACCCUCCCAUUUUCUAUCCAUCUUGUACUCUGCCUCUCUCCUGCAUUCCCAUUCUUCUGGCUCCCUGGGCAUGAUCUUGUUUUCCAUGAUGAAUUGAUACGACGGCGUAGCUAUGUAUUAUCUAGAUAUUGUCUAGCGAAUGCCCUACUUACCUAUCUAGUCACUCCCACCCUGUCUGCUCUUGUUCUACAGUUGGAUUGGUUUAGAUUUAUCAAUACAGUCCGAUGAUUAGACCGGUGUAAUAUGAAGAUAGAAGAUC